GACCCCAGUCUGGGUCAUAUUAUGUCGUUUUGGUUGUUCUUUUCAUUUGAUUUGUAGGUCGGAGUUGGAGUGAGUGACGUCAUGAUGGACUGAUGGUGUUCACCUGUGUUAAGAGCUGAUGCCGGCAAAUAAAAGCGCUCCCUUCAGUCGUGACGGGCGCGCUCUCCCCUCGUGCCAUUAUUUUGUUGCUUUUGUUAUUGUCUUGUUCUUAUUUUUACUUUAAUAAAUGUUAUUCCUUUUUCAUUAAAUCUUACGUGUCAUUCCCUUCUUUGUCGCGGCUUGUGAGCCGGCCGUGACAAAUGGGGGCUCGUCCGCUUGUUUGUAAAACCUUUGAAAUUUCCUGUUAUUUGUCGACCUGAUUUGGAAAGCGUUUUUGUUGCGUUCGGUUAUUUUGUAAUGAACUUGGCACGUUCAUUAACUGAACGUAAAAAACCGGAAGAAUGUUUGUUUGAACGCUUAUGUUUGGGAGGUCGCAAUCGUCGUUUGAAGGGAAAUGCGCGUUGGAUUUAUUUGUUUUGAGGACAUGUGUUGCUGUAUCAGUUAGCUGUUCUGUGCUGUCUCUAAGAGGUCCUGACGAGAGUCACAAGAAUUAUCCGGAAGUGUUUACUGCAUGUGCAGUAACUCGUUCCAUGACCUCUGCACAGCCAAGGGUAACUCUUGAUUCUGCUGUAGUAAAACCAUUCUCCUUGCCUGAUGACUUUUCUGUUUCUCCUUCUGAGUUGCUCCAGGAACAGCAACUUGAUUCUUCUCUCCAUCAACUGUUUGAGAAUGUGAUGUCUUCUGAUGACAUUAGAAAUGUUGCUCAUGGGUAUUUUUUGAAGGAUGGCAUAUUGGUGAGAAAAUGGAUUCCUCAUGGUAGAGAUUUUGCUGGAGAUCCUGUCAUGCAGGUGGUAGUUCCAGAGAAGUAUCGUUCACUGGUUUUACAGAUCUCCCAUGAUAAACUUGCGGGUCACUUAGGGGUAAAAAAGACCUAUCACAGAAUCCUUCAAAAUUUCUUUUGGCCAAAAUUGAAGAAGGAUGUGUCCCAGUAUAUAAAGACAUGUCAUACUUGUCAAUUAACAGGUAAACCAAAUCAGAAGAUCAAACCUGCUCCAUUGUAUCCUAUUCCUGCGGUCAGUCCGCCGUUUGAGCACCUAAUUAUUGAUUGUGUAGGCCCACUACCUAGAUCAAAGUCGGGUUGCAUUUAUUUGCUCACGGUGAUGUGUGCCUCUACGCGCUACCCUGCAGCAUAUCCUCUUCGUACAAUAACUGCUAAGUCAGUGGUCAAGGCUUUGACUCAGUUCAUUUCCAUUUUUGGCAUACCGAAGAUUGUACAAAGUGAUCAAGGUUCUAACUUCACUUCUCACUUGUUUUCUCAGAUCUUGAAAUUGCUGCACAUUAAGCACAAUAAGGCUAGUGCUUAUCAUGCUCAAAGCCAGGGGGCUUUGGAGCGGUUCCAUCAAACGCUGAAGUCUUUAUUGCGUUCACAUUGUACAGAGAUGGAAGGUGAUUGGGAACAAGGAUUGCCGUGGUUGAUGUUAUCAGCUCGUGAGGUAUGUCAGGAGAGUACUGGGUUUAGUCCCAAUGAUUUGGUGUUUGGGCACACAGUUCGGGGUCCGCUGGCUGUACUCAGAGACCAGUGGGUUGAAAGUGCACCACCAAAAAACUUGAUAAGUUAUGUGAAUGACUUUAAGCGUAGAUUAUAUGAAGCAGGUAAGGUGGCAAAGGAACAAUUGCAGUGUUCGCAAAAGCGUAUGAAGACUAUUUUUGAUCGACGAACUGAGGAACGGAAGUUCAUGCCUGGCGAUCAGGUUUUGGCGCUUUUGCCUGUUGAGGGCUCUCCUUUUCAAGCUCAGUUUACAGGUCCCUAUGUGGUAGAAAAACAAGUUACUGACUUAAACUAUCUGAUUGCCACUCCAGAGAGACGAAAGUCCACCCAGUUGUGCCAUGUUAAUUUGUUGAAGCCCUAUUAUUCACGUUCUCACAAGAUGUUGGUCGAUGAGGUGAAACCUGCAUUAGUAGUUGAGAGAAUUUCACUUGUGGGGGAGGAAAUGGAUGAGGGAGUUUCUUUUCCAGAUGAUACCGUGCUAUUGGGACGUUUAAAAAAUUCAGAUACUCUUAAAAAUGUGUGUAAAGUGCUGGCCCAUUUGCCUGAGGAUAAGUCUAGUGAUUUGAUUGAUCUUAUUAAUCAUCAUGUUUCCUUAUUUGGUGAUGUACCUUCGCGCACACAUUGGUUGGAGCACGAUAUUGAUGUUGGGGAUUCGAAACCUAUUCGCCAGAAUUUUUAUCGGGUGUCUCCAAAUAAACUCUUGCAUUUUAAUGCUGAAGUUAAAUAUAUGCUGGAUCAUGAUAUUGCACGACCUUCAUUCUCUAGUUGGGCAUCUCCCUGCUUGCUUGUCAAUAAACCUGAUGGUACUUAUCGGUUUUGCACCGACUACCGAAAAAUAAAUAGAGUAACAAAACCAGACUCCUUUCCACUGCCUCGUAUUGAGGAUUGUGUUGACCGGGUUGGCUCGGCGAAAUUUGUAAGCAAGUUCGACCUGCUUAAAGGCUAUUGGCAAGUUCCACUGACCAAAAGAGCUCAAGAGAUUUCCACUUUUAUUACAUCAGAGGGGUUAUUCUCUUAUAAUGUUUUGAGUUUUGGCCUUAGAAAUGCGCCUGCAACCUUUCAGCGGUUGAUGAAUCGGGUUGUGUCUGGGUUAGAGGGAGUGGCCGUCUAUCUGGACGAUGUAAUAGUUUUCAGUGAUUCAUGGGAGCAGCACUUGAAGCAUAUCAUAGCCCUGUUCUCUCGUUUUGAAGAGGCUGGCCUGACCGUCAAUCUGGCGAAGUGCGAGUUUGCCAAGGGGACGGUGACUUACUUGGGUAAGGUAGUUGGACAGGGAUGUGUGCGACCAGUUCGGGCCAAGGUUGAGGCCAUUGAUCGUUUUCCUUCUCCUACUACUAAGAAGGAGUUGAUGCGGUUUUUGGGGUUAGUAGGCUACUAUCGGGGAUUUUGCAGGAAUUUUUCUACCGUGGUAGCCCCCCUCACUGAUUUGUUGAAAGCUAAAGUACCUUUUGUUUGGACAUCUACCUGUCAGGAAGCUUUUGAGGCAGCUAAAUCACUUCUUACGUCUUCUCCUGUGUUGGCAGCACCUCGUUUUGAUCGUUCUUUUCAGGUAUGUGUGGAUGCUAGCAAUGUGGGUGCUGGAGCAGUGUUGUUGCAGGCUGGAGAGGAAGGAAUUUAUUGUCCAGUUAGCUACUUUUCAAAAAAGUUUAAUUCUUAUCAGUGA